CCUUGCCGCCCGGCCCCCCGGAAACACCGCCCGCACUCUGCCGGUGCCGGCGAUGGAGGAGGAGGAGGCGGCGGCAACUUUGGCUUGGAUGGACCAAGCCCUCGAUGUGGCGAAAGAGACGCUGGAGAAAGGGGAGGUCCCCGUCGGCUGCCUGCUUGUGUUCAACGGCGAGGUCCUGGGGAAGGGGGGCAACGAGGUCAACGAGACGAAGAACGCUACUCGACAUGCAGAAAUGGUGGUAAUCGAUCAGGUCCUUGAUUGGUGCAAGCAACACAACAGAGAUUAUACAGAAGUGUUUGCACACUCUGUAUUGUAUGUAACCGUAGAGCCUUGUAUCAUGUGUGCAGCUGCCGUGCGCUUGAUGAAAAUUCCACGGGUUGUAUAUGGCUGUCGAAAUGAGCGAUUUGGAGGCUGUGGCUCAGUUUUGAGCAUUUCAUCUGAUGAUAUGGUAGACACAGGAGAUCCAUUUGAAACCACAUCUGGCUAUCGUGCCAAAGAAGCAGUGGAACUGUUACAAGCUUUCUACAGGCAAGAAAAUCCCAAUGCACCAAAAUCAAAAGUACGGAAAAAGGACAAACGUAAGUAGCCCCAUCCUGACAGGAAGCAGAAACUUACCAAAGUGAUACAUCAGGGUCCCUUCAGAGUCCUUUAAGUCCAAUUAAACAUUGUGUAAUGUUCUGCACAGUCUUUUAAUAAUAUCAUAAUUACUACGUGUUCCUGCAUUUCUAUGUAUGUGAUAUUUUUUGUUAUCAUAUAUGAUUAAGCAGAAAAAUAAGUAGUUGUUUUUAGAAAAAAAGGGAAAAUUAUUGUUUCAAGUUUCUUUUAUUCUGUCUGUGGAGAAGCAUCUUGCUUUUCAAUAGUAAAUGUUUGCUUAGGCAAAACAGUGUUAACCUCUUGCAAGGUUAUAUUUGUAAUAUAUCCACAGUCCUUGUGUGUGUAUUUAAUCAAAAGGCAUAUAAGGAAUUGAGCAGUCCUUGAAGAUUUAAGACCACUGUAAUGGUUCUUCACUAUUUUUUUAACAUGCCCUCUAGCAUAAGCCAAAUUUUCAAACAAGUUCUGGAAUCACAUAUACAAGUAUUUAUGCAGAAUCAUGUCUCAGUUUGUGUAUGCUGUUGUUAAUAAGUGUAAGAAAGCAUCAUUUGGGUGCAUCUGCAUCUGCAUACAAAGUUGUGGAGAAACUCUCCACAGCUUCCUUUGGGCUGUCUGGCAUGAAUGCACCAAAAUGCUUUAUCAUUAAGAAUCCACUAAGAAGCUGAACUUGUUCUCAGUAACUAAAUUCUGGUAGCAGAGAUGGGCAGACACAUGUGAUCCAGGAAAUGAAAUUGGUAAUAAUAUGAAGAAAAUACGUUUGAUAUGUUUAUCUUUUCUUAGCAUUGGUUGGCUUUGUCUUUUACAUGCACUGGGCUUGCCUGUGCAAUAAUUUAUAAUCCAGAAGGGGGCCUUGCAGUUCCACUAAUGAAUAAGGAAUACAGGUAAAGUUCAAUCUUGAUUAUGUACCUCUUAGUGGAUACUUAUCUUAAGCAUAAAACUGUUCAUAGUUUAUUUGGCUGAUAUUCAGAGAUUUCAGAAAUGUCUUAACUUUUUUUUAAUGUAAAAGAAUUAUUAUAAUUCUGUGAUUAUAA